AUGAGGCCUAUCAUCCUGCUGCAUCCGCAAUUGCGGGCUGCACUUCCACGAAGUGUCCGGCGGAGUCUCAACAGCAAGCUGUUUGCUCGGCUGAAGACCACCGAGAACGCUGCUCGCAGCCCGAAGAAUGAUCCGUUCAUCAAAAGACCAGCGCACCCCGAGAGUAUGUUCUAUAACAAGGAACCCGACCCGGCCAGCUACGCAUAUGGAAAACUCUUUGCGCGGAAAGGACCCCCCGAGGUGAUUCUCAUCUACAAUGGUGGUGUCCAUAAAGCCAUGUUCCUGGCGGCAUUGAAGAUCACUGGCAUCCUCCUGUACGGAGUAACGAUUGCUUUCAUCUUGCCGGAGUUCAUGAGUGGGGAGUAUCCUGACUGGUAUGCCCCAGCAGCUCUCACUCUCGGUGCGAUCCCGAUGCUCUUCAUGGCUUACAAUGGGGCUACCUUUGUUUGCUACAUUCACUUGUUUCUGCCAAUGUCUGCUCGCCAGUCUCGGCAGGCGGCUGAGGAUUAUGCCAGAAAUCUUCCGCCCACGGCUCGGUUGUUCAUCACGACCAUGGCGUUCUCAACUAGACCUAUAAAGAGGGAAGUACAUCUCAAAAACCUUGUCCCCGAAGCCACGCUCAGGCGUCCCGUGAGCUUCAAGGAUGUGGGUCCCGAAUCCAAGAAAGGGUACUGGACUCGAGGGUUGACAGAAUUCUGGGCGGCGCCCAAGAGCCACCGUGGGAAACAGUCGACAGCAUUCUAUCCUCACCUGUGGCCGGUGGUGAGGGAGCAGAUUGAGCGGAGGGCGCCGUGA